CUACUUAUUCAGUCGUCUUCAAGUACACUUCCAGUCAACAUGGACUUUUCCAAAAACGCAACAGAGAGACCAGAGCCUCUUAAAGCAGAAGUGAAAGGGAACAUCCCCUCUUGGUUACAAGGCACAUUACUACGCAAUGGCCCCGGGAUCUUCUCAGUAGGGGAAACCAGCUAUGAUCACUUUUUUGAUGGCAUGUCAAUCAUGCACAGCUUUUCCUUCAAGAAUGGUGAGGUGAUCCAUAGAAGCAGGUUCCUGAGAAGUGACACCUACAAAGCCAAUAUGGAGUCCAACCGAAUUGUCGUGUCUGAAAUGGGAACAAUGGCUUAUCCUGACCCAAGUAAAAACUUCAUUGUUAAGGCGAUCACCUUCCUCAACCACACAGUUCCUGACUUCACAGACAAUGGUGCCAGCAAUUUUAUCAGAUAUGGUCAGGAAUAUUUUGCUACCUCAGAAACAAACUACAUUCGGAAAAUUGACCCUGUCACCCUGGAAACUCAGGAUAAGGUGGACUAUUUGAAAUUCCUCCCUGCGAACUUGGCUACGUCCCAUCCGCACUAUGACAAGGAGGGGAACACCUACAACAUGGGUACUUGUAUUGCUGAAAAGGGCAAGACGAAAUACAUGCUGUUCAAAGUCCCUGCUGUUCCUCGAAAAGAUAAAGACAAGAAAGUCUCCGUGCUGAAGAAUGUGGAGGUGAUCUGUUCAAUACCCUGCCGCUCCCUCCUGACGCCAUCCUAUUACCACAGCUUCGGCAUGACGGACAACUACUUCAUCUUCAUCGAACAACCCUUCAAACUGGACAUCAUCAAGAUGGCAACUGCCUACAUGAGGGGAGUCAACUGGGCCAGCUGCUUGAAGUUCUGCCCAGAAGAGAAUACUCUGAUCCAUCUGAUCGACAGAAGGACAGGCAAAGUAGUAGAAACCAAAUACUACACAGAUGCCAUGGUGGUCUACCAUCACGUGAACGCUUUCGAGGUUGACGGUUGCGUCGUAUUUGACGUCAUCGCCUACAAGGACAAUGGCCUUUAUGAAAUGUUUUACGUGAGCAAACUGAAGGAAAGUCUUGAAUCCCAUGACAAAAACUACUCCAAACCAAGCUAUAAGAGAUUUGCGCUUCCCGUUCAACCAAACAAGGGUGCGGCGAUCGGAGAGAACCUGGUCAAAGUGACAUGCACCACUGCCACAGCAGCCAAAGAAAAAGAAGGCAAACUAGUAUGCCAAGCAGAGGUGCUCUAUGAAGGGAUAGAACUGCCACAGAUUAAUUACGAUUUUAACGGCAAGAGACACCGCUUUGUGUAUGGUAGCCUCGUUGAGGAAUCCGCACACUCGAAAGAGGUUGCUAAGUUUGACACAGAAACUAAGCAAAUGUUGACUUGGAGUGAAGACAAGUGCUGGCCGUCUGAAGGAGUGUUUGUCCCUAAGCCCAAUGGUGAAGCAGAGGAUGACGGCGUGGUUUUAUCGUCUGUAAUCAACACCAAUCCCGACCAGUCCAACUUCAUCUUGAUUCUCGACGGAAGAACACUCAAGGAGGUUGCUAGGGGUUACGUGAAUACUGAGCUCCAUAAGGACAUGCAUGGAUUUUUUAUCCCUUAAAGAAAUUAGUCCCGUAUAGCAAAAACAUACAAUUUAGGGAAGUGAGUCAAAAUAUAUGCUACGUUAUAUAUCCUCUAAUGUAUCUUUUUUUGACAUUGCUUUUUGUUCCACUUGUUUUCAUAGAAAUAAAAAGCAUGUUAAACACACGACGACAAAAAUAAAUCCCACCAACUCUCAUCAUGUGGGAUAAAUCAGUCAUUUUAAACAUUUUUUGUUGGGCUCUGUCUCAAGUUAUUUAACUGUUGUUUAUUUUUCCCUCAGAUUGUUAUUAUUCUUGUUUAUUUUUCUCUCAGAUUGUUCGUGCAUUGCAAAUAUAAUUGAGUUCAAUCCCCUGGAUAUUAUAACCAUAUGUAAAAACAUAAAUCAUACCUUCCAGGCAGCUGUACAAAAACGGGUAGUUUUCCUCAUUUAUUGCAAUUUUCUGUACCGCCAAAUCAGUGUAAAUGGGAAUGUGCUGAACCUGUCAUUAUAAAAGAAGGAAUUAGAUUGCUGGAAAUGAAAAUAUCUAUAUAAAAUGACAAUG